AGCCAGGAUAGUUUUGAUUUUGUUGAGAUUGUGUUAAGGCGCGAAUAUCCUGGUCGUUAAACAUUUUUUUUUGAAGAAAUAUUCAAGGUUGAUUAAUAUCUCCUUUAAAAGUUUUAAUUUGACAUUCCGUGUGAAAUAAAAAGUGAUUUAAAAAUGCCUACUUGCUCAAAUCAAAGAUCCAAAUUAGAUCCAGGCACGAGUUGUGAAAGUAAGAAGGACAUUCUGCUAUUGGAUUUUCCACAAAAUGCUGGCGUUAGAUGGAAUAAGAAUUGUCCACCACCGAAUCAAUAUAAAGGCAUUUAUACGUGGACAAGCACGCCUCGUGCUCUCUACACAAAUCGCAAGCUCAUUCGAGAAAAUCUAAACCUUCAAAGUUUUAUGGAUAUCAAUGAUUAUUAUUUUAUUAAUGGUGUUGGAGGCUGUCCAAAAUAA